AUGCCCAUCGUCGGCAAGGACACGCCAGAGAGCGUGUCGAUACCGACGGCCACGUUGAGGAAACUCUCCGGGUCGCGAGUAGAUCCUUACACGCGCUACGUUGCCUACAGGCUAUUCAAGGACCUCAAUAUACCCUCCCAAGGCGGGCGAAAUAUAAAUUCAGCUCUGUCCAACCUUCCUGUCCAUCUAUCAGUGGCGCCGGAUGAGAAAUUGUCCUUUGGCUGGGGUCUAUCGAAUGUGAUUCGCGACAAGGCUGUCCAUGAAGGAUCGUAUGAGCAUUUGGCCAUGCUGAUAGCGCUGGGCGAGACCUUCCGUGAGCCUUACGGAGCCAAAGUGCUUAUGGAACUGGCACGUGCAGCAGCAGAUCCUGAAGACGUGACGCCUCACUUCUCUCAAUGGAGAGCUGCGUUGCAUGGGUGCAACGGCAUCUUUGCCGCCUCGGACUUUGGCCUCCUGGUCGAGAAUUAUCUCCAACUGGAUCCCUACCCUGUCAGCAUCCCCGUCGGUAUGAGCGCCGAAACUGUCUUUCCGGCAAGCGCCGUCGCCAGGGCUUUGCAAGCGUUGAUGAGCGUCACGCGUGGGGACCAGAAGCAGGUGACUUUCACCGGCAGUGGUAUCAUCUCCUGGUUCGGGGCAAUUGCCGAGUGGCUCUGCGAUCUUCGCAUAGGGGUCUACGACUCGGCUGGCAAGGAACUACGCAUAACUCACCCGGAUCAAGAACCGCAAGUCAACCUGGUAUACGUGACAGAGGCGGGCCUCAGGGCAACCUUCGAACCGCCGCAGCAGAACGGGGUAAGCCAUGCGCAAAUGUCUCUGGUCGACCAAACGUACUCUCCUGUCCUCCACACCAUGCGGAUCGGCGGACGGGUUGCGUGGCAAUCACUGCUGCCGCGAGUUUUCGGCAAGAGUUUUCAUUAUCUCGACCAUGACCACUCCAAAGCCUUUGGGACGAUGAUUGGCAGUGCGGCCAGGAUGUUCGAGGGUCUAGCGCACGGCAAGGGCCACGAGGAGCACGGCCAGCUGGUGUCCAUCCAGAACCAGAGCAACACCGCUUCUUACGGGGCUGGACUGAUCCAGACGAUCACCGACUGGCUACCGGAGCUCAGGCGCUUCCAGGGCCGCAUGGAACGCUCCCUGAAGCUGUCCCAUGACGAGGCCUCCACUUCGUACGUUGAAAGCCUGAGCAAGAUACGCAAGGCCUGCCAUUGUGGCAUCUGCACGUCCAAGGAUGAAGUCGGCGCGGACAAAGAAGGUCAUCCGCCAGACCACGGGUACUGUCUUGCGGUCUUGGUUGAGACAAUCAUAUCGUUGGGCCUGGCUCUGGCACGAAUGGCCGUCACUGCGCGGUUCUUCCCCACACGCGCCGGCAUCUAUAGCUUCUACCAGAGCCAAGUGGCGAGGAGGAUGGAGGCGCGAGGCCUGCACUGGACGAUGCACUUCAAACUCGUGUACGGCAAUGUGUGGAACGCUACCAACGCUGUCCGCCUGGCGACCUCGGUGCAGAUCUUCACCGGGUCGAGGCCCCAGAAGGACCUCCCGAGUAACCUGGUCGCUUUGUCCCAUGAGGGUUGCUGCGCGUAUUUCAUGGACCUGGAGAGAACCAUGAAGUCGACGUCGGACUGUCCGCAGGUGCGCCUCGUUCGUGUUGUCCCGGGCGGAAUCAACGUGAGUGAGAAGGUAUUCGACCGUGCUGCCAUGGGACCAGUAAAGGAUGCCGAACCAGAUGAGCCAUGGGAGGAGGUCAAAUACGAUCAUUUGCCGCAGCCCUUGUUCUUAAAGUGA